AUGAAGAACGGCAUUUUCUGUCGUUACUUUAAUCACAAGUCAAGUAAUGCCCCGAGGGAGGUACUGAAGAAGAGGGAAUGCGGAGCCCCUGCGGCGCUCCGGGGCCGGGACGGGCACCGGGAGGCGGCCGGGAGCGGGACGGGGCCGGCGUCCCGCCCGGCGCAGCCCAGGGCGGCCGCGGGCGCCGCCUUCUCCGCCGCUUUCGGUUUCAUUUCCCCGCCGCGGAGGUGCCGGCGGGCGGGCGGCGGUGCCGUGCCGAGCCGGGCCAGCAGCUCCGCGGCCAUGUCGCUGUCGAGCGAGGCGCUGCGGCUGCUCUGCUCCAGCGGCGGCUGCCUGGAGCUAGGCGAGCUGCAGCGGCGGCUGGCGGGCGGGCAGGAGCUGGCGCGGGCGCUGCGCGACGCGGGCCGCUUCACGCUGGCGCGGCGGCCGGAGCCGCGCGGGGCGGCGGCCGCCGAGCUCGCCGUGGUGGUGGCCACGAGCGGCGUGCGCCUGUGCCCGGCGCAGGGCGGCGGCGGCUGCGCGGGCCGCUGCGGGCGGCUGCACCUCUGCAAGUACCACCUGAAGGGCGUCUGCCGCAACCAGCGCGCCAGGAAGGAAUGCAAGUUUGUUCACAACUUCCACUCAGAGCACAAUCUCUGCGUGCUGAGACAAUAYGGACUUGAGAAUUUAAGCGGUGAUGAACUUCGCCAGCUGCUUCUUCAGAAUGACCCCUUGCUCUUACCGGAGGUUUGCCUGUAUUAUAACAAAGGUGAUGGACCUUAUGGAUCUUGCACCUAUGGAAAGAUCUGCACCAAACUUCAUAUUUGCCAGUACUUCUUGCAGGGACAGUGCAGAUUUGGCAGCAACUGCAAGCGAUCCCAUGACUUCUUAAAUUCAGAAUGUUAUGAGAAACUGGAGAGACAGGGAAUGAGCUCGGACACUAUUAAGAAACUACCCACAACUUACAUGAACAUGUAUGAUAUAAAAAAUAGUGGCAAGAAGACAUACGACAUGAAAGAUGACAAGUCUUCACCAUGCAAAGAGAGAAAACACAGCUCUAGUCAAGAGUCUUCAAAUACAAAUGAUGAUGAAUUGGAACAGAUCUGUUUGUAUCAUUUAUAUAAAAAUUGUCUUUUUAAAGACAAGUGUAUCAGAGUUCAUUUUCACUUGCCGUACAGAUGGCAAAUUGCCGAUGGUGAUACUUGGAAAGACUUGAAGAAUAUGGAAGAAAUAGAAGAAGCAUACUGUGAUCCCAGUAAAACUAGAUUUAGAAAUGGUAUUACUGAAAGUGGCUCUGUCUUGCCAUACAUCUGUUUUCAGAGUAUGUGCUCUGGACUUGCAAAGGUGAGACGUCUUUCCACGCCCUCUGCUGUGACCAGACCUCCUCACUUCAUUCUUACAACAGAAUGGAUCUGGCACUGGAAAGAUGAAUAUGGUCUGUGGCAGGAGUAUGGAAAAAUGAGUAAGUCUCAUGCGUCUGCCACUGUCUCCAGUGAAGAUCUGGAGAAAGCUUAUAUAGCCAAAGGUUCUCCAAAGGUGAACUUUAAAGCUGGAAAACAUGACUAUGAACUCAAUUUUAGAGACAUGGUUCAGAAAAACCUUCGCUAUACAACUGAGAGAGAAGUUCGCAGAAGACCUAAAUUUGUCUCCCAGACAGAGGUAGAAAGCACAAGAAAGAGGGGCUUUAAAAAUGCAGAAGAAAGGACCAAAGUUCCAACUCACUGGGACAAAUCUGCUCUGCCUGAACUGGGAUUCAAGCUGAUUGUGCUUGAUAGCUCAUCUGAUGAAUACAAGAAAGUCCAGGUAGAGUUUCAGCGCACAAUGCCCAAAACAAUCAUUAACAGGAUUUGUAGGAUUCAGAACCCAUCUCUCUGGGAAUUGUAUCAGUGGCAAAAGGAGCAAAUGCAGAAGAGCAAUGGUGGGAGAGCUGUAGACGAGAGAUCUUUAUUUCAUGGGACCAGUAGAAAGCACAUUGAUGCCAUCUGCCACCAAAACUUUGACUGGAGGAUCUGUGGCCUUCAUGGGACUGUCUAUGGCAAAGGAAGCUAUUUUGCAAGAGAUGCAUCUUAUUCUGACAACUACUGCAGGGAAGACUCAUACCCCAGGACCAUGUUUCUGGCACGGGUAUUGGUAGGGGAGUUCACUCUUGGUAACAGUUCUUACGUUCGCCCUCCAUUGAAGGGCAACCAGAACAGCUUCUAUGACAGCUGUGUGAAUAACAUUGCAAACCCUUCCAUUUUUGUCAUCUUUGAGAAGCAUCAGGUUUAUCCAGAGUACCUCAUAGAAUACACCACUGACCAUCAUUAUAAAUAUAAUAUAUAA